GUUCCGCCGGCGUCUUCAGCCACCACGAAUUUUGCACCGGCGAAGUCUGUCACGAUUGCUCCAUUUGUCGUAUCGACCAAGGCGGGAGCUCCAAGCAAUCCGCUAUCGGCGGCAUCGACAGCUGCUUGCCCCCCGGCUGGCCAGGCCGCAGUUCCAGCGCCGUCAGUGACUGGCUCGUUCAAACCGAUCUCCAUACACCUGAAGCAGCCAGUUCUGGUGAACACGACGGGAUUGUUUCCGACGCAGUUCCAACGCGGCGUGCGCGUUCCCGUGGGCGGGAUGUAUAACAUCGGAAACGCGGUGAAGCCGCCUGCUCCUCCUGCCCGCCCUUUCAUCCCCGUCGCGACUGCAGCUGCUCCUGCUGGUACGGGGGUUCCACGACCGCCCGUGCCGGCCACAGCAGCAACCACAGCGGCCGGCGCUGCGCCUGUGGCUCCCAAAAGCACCACGGGGUUCGGAGCUACUGCCACCAGAAACCACCAGCACGUUGCAAAGUUGUUUGCGAGCGUUGCAACAAAAGCAGCCUCCCCGAGUAGUGAAGAUGUACCGGGGACGAGCGGCGCUCCAUCACUAGCAAAAGCCAGGCCGCAAGCAACAAGCGCGGUUGUGGCCGGUUUCUCCAAAGCAAAUCCGCCGAAGAAUCUCACCAACGCUGCAGCAAAGUCAUCUGCUCCGGUCGUGCAGCCAGCGGUCGUGCCGGGCGUCCAACAAGCACCUCCGGUAAAAACCACUUCAAUACCAAUAUCGUCCGGUACAACUGCCACGAUAAGUAGUGUCGUCACACAGCGGGCCCCAAGCCCACCGCGCAUCGAAAUGCCAUUGCAGGCUGCGCUCUUGCCCAACCAGCGACAAGCCGGUGGGUAUUUGACUCUGGUCCCCGGUUACUGUUUCAAGGACAAGCGCUACCGUGUUGGAAAGCUGGUCGGGAACGGAAUAUUCGCCAGCGUGUGGAAGUGCACUGACCUGUCCGAGCGGCAGUGGCUCCUGCGUGCGGAGCCAGCCAAACGGAUUCUCCGUGCGGCAGACCGGGGCGGUUCCACCUCGGAAGCCGCGCGAAUUGAAGCGUUUGUCGCCCUUAAGACACUCAGAAAGGAACGCUUAGCUGCGUCACGAGCAGCCUCGAAUGCUGGGGCAGGUAGCUCCUGUACUACACUGAGCUGCUCUUCAACACAAGUAGACAAUCUGACACAGGAACAUAGCUUUGACGGCGAAGAUGACACUUUGAGCGACGACGGCGACGGCGAAGUUGCAAUCAAGUGCAUGCGGCAGCUCGACUUGAUGACCAGUUCCGGUCGCAAAGAGUUGCGCGUGCUCAAGUACCUGCUCUACGACCAUCCGCGCAAAGAAACUUCGUCUGGUUCCGAAUCCGACGGAGCUUCGUCUGCGAGAAAAAAGCAGGCACAUGCGGGCCGGAGGUAUAUCGUGAAGCUGUUACGCUUUUUCCAUUACGAGCAGCACCUGUGCCUGGUGUUUGAGCACAUGUGGUCGGGUCUGCGGGAAGCACUCCCCAGGGUUUUUGAUGCCGUGCUCGCUCCCGGUGCCAUGGCGAAGGAUGAAAGUACACUGCGUUCGCUGCAGGCCUACCUGGAGGCGAGUGUGGACAACAUGAUCGACGCGCAGCACUAUCUCCGGAAUGCAACCAACCACAACGAGACGAAGCAAUCCGCUCUGUUUUUGCGGCUCGCACGCGCGGUGCAGGGCAUCACGCGGGGGCGGGGACCACGGCCAGCAAACGCCAAUCACGUGCUGAGUUACGAGGACCACUUGGCCACCAGCACGAUGUGCGCGCAGCUGGCGUGCCUGACGGUGCAGGGGUGGUCUCGCCAGCUGCUGAGUGCUCUGGACUACAUUCACCACCUCGGGUUCGUACAUGGGGAUGUGAAAACCGACAAUUUCCUCGUCAGCAACCUCACGCUCGACCGACCGGGCUUGUCCAAGGCGGAAGUUGAUGACCGAAGCUGCAGUUCGUCGGCCAAACCGCGAUGGACCUACUUAGCGCCGUCCAAGCUGAAGAUUUGCGACUUCGGUAACACGGUUGCCGUUUCGGAAAAGAGCGGAGUUCCGAGUGUGUCCAUGCCGGAGUCCACUGCCGCUGCAAAGCUGGUUAUCGGGGAGGAAGACCGCACGUGGCUGGCGCCUCUGUGGUACCGCGCGCCGGAAACCAUGCUGUCGCUCCCGAACCAUGCUUCCACGAAAGCCGACUGCUGGGCCGCAGGCUGUGUGUUGUUCGAGGUGUUCACCGCUUUUUUUUUCCGGCACCAGCUGCAGUUGGAAAGCAAUUUGAGCGUCUGGUCGUCCACCGUCGCGGAACUGCGCACGCGCAAACGAUCCCUCGCACUGCCCCUCGAGGCGGGUGUCUUGUUCGCCGCUGCAAGGGGUGCCCCCGCGGCACCGGGCUGUGCAGCUGUCUACGGCGCGCAAACGGCGCAGCAGCAGCAGCAGCCCACGGAAAAUGCGCAGUUGAAGCUUAUGCAGGAGAGACUGGGGAAAAUCCCAGCGCAUCUCAUCAUAUCCCACCGAACGGAAACGGCCCGCCUUCAAAUGUUGCAGGUGACAAACCCACAGCUCACCUCGACGCAGGCCAUCGAGGAGCACUUCAAUGCGCAGAGCGAUUUUCUCUCGGAAGAUCAAAACUCAGCUCUCGGGGGGUUUCUGUGCUUGAAAAAGCCGAUCAAAGUUUUUCCCAUGGGCAACCCCAUGUACGUGCACGCCAAAUUCGAAAAAUACGCGAAGCAGGAGGCUAUCGAGAUAUUCAACAAGACUGGGGCCGGUGUGGGUGCUGUCUCGCCGGAACACGCGGAACUAAAAAUUGCGUUUGGCUCGUUCCUACAGGGAUGGCUUGUCACCCAGGGUGCCGUUAUGGUUGCCGCCCUGGUGGACUUCGAUCCAGGAAGAAGGAAAUCCGCACAAGAAGUCUUGGCAAGGAGUGGUUUCCUGCGCUGCCACGACUGAGACCGUGGAAUAGAAAGAAAACCUACGGGGGAUCGAAUGUACAUCAUUCGUUGAGCUGCUUGACUGGGUGUGUCACACAAGCAGAACCUAACUGAGUAAGUACGUGGACCUCGUCUGAAGCAAUUGUGUGAACGGCGUUGUGGUUGUCUUGUGGACGAAAAGCAAAAUUUUGCUCGUGCGCAAUGAAUGUCUAUGAAGAUGGUGAAG